AUGUCGUACCACACAUUCGACCACCCUAUCCGCAGCGUCGCGGUAGUUGGCUCUGGCGCAUCUGGCACUCCGGCAGCUCGUCACCUCCGCGACGCAGGGCUCGAUGUUACAGUCUUUGAGCGUCAGCCCACCGCCGGUGGAAUCUGGAACUGGAGCCCAGAAAUCACCAAGCCUCUGUCUGUACCAACCCCGCCUCCUUCCAGAGGCGCAUUCUUCCCUUCGAUUCCGGCUGAGCUUGGCUCGGAGCCGCAGACGGCAAUCAAGGAGGACGCAGACGGCGACCUGAGGCACCGGUUCUCGCCACCAAACCCGGUCUACUGGUCGCUCUCGAACAAUGUGCCCACCUCGACCAUGGCAGACUUUCCCUACCCGCCCGGUACGGCCGAGAACAUCCCACACCAGGAGCUUGCUGGCUACCUGAAAUCGUAUUCCGAACACUUCGAGCUCGACAAGAUUACAUCUUACAACACAAGGGUUGAGAAGGCGGUCAAGGUUCUGGGAACGGAGUCCACUCCACCCAAAUGGCGCCUGACGCUUCGCAAGCUGGAAUCAGAGGGCACAGACAAGGCCAAGGAGACCUUUUGGGUUCAGGACUUUGACGCACUGGUCGUCGCCACUGGCCACUAUAACGCUCCCUUCAUUCCCAACAUUGAGGGGUCUUCCGAGUGGGCAGCCCAAUGGCCUACUCGUGUCCUGCACUCGAGCGGCUACCGCAAGCCAGACCCAUUCACCGGCAAGAAUGUUCUCAUCAUCGGUAUCGGUACCAGUGGUAUCGACAUUGCCCGUGACCUUGCAACCGUGGCCAACAAGGUGUACCUGGUGGGAAGGAACAAAACUGUCGGGCCCGACGCGUAUAAGACCCAGCGCAAGUUCCAGCGCUACAUGGUCCCCAAGAACGGCGAGGCUGUACCCGAGAUUAAGCGCUUCCUCCCCCCCACCCCCGGUUCGGAUCUCGAGGACGGUCAAAUCGAGUUGACGGACGGGAGGAUCAUCUCCGGUCUGUCUGUGAUCAUCUUUGCCACUGGAUUCCAGUACUCGACUCCCUUCCUCCCCCAGUUCCACCAUGACCCUGUGCUUGGCAAACCCGAAGUCGACGACAAAGCAAGGCUUCUUAUCACCGACGGCGGCGGUGUUCUCAACCUCUACCGCGACGUCUUCUACGUGCCCGACCCGACCCUCACUUUCCUCGGCCUGAGUGUCAACACCUCGGCAUUCUCGUUCUUUGAAUACCAGUCCCUGAGCAUUGUGCGCGUCUACACUGGCACGGCGCGUCUGCCCGACGAGGCUGGCCGGCGGGCGGCGUACAAGGCACUUGUGGCUCAGACCGGGGAGGGCAAGUUUUCGCACCUCAUGAACAAGGACAACGAGCGCAAGUACGUCCGCGAGACGGUCGAGUGGCUCAACCGCGAUGCCGAGUGGUCUGGCGCCGACAAGGUUGAGGGUCACACCCCAGAGUGGCUUGCAGCAAGUGACCGCUUGCAGCAUUCGCUUCUCCGCAAGUACGGCCUGGAUCCCGCCAUUGUCCUUGCCGAGAUUCAAGCCGAGAUUGCGGCUGAAAAGGCAAGGAAUGCAGCCGCCGAGCUUCCUGUUGAGGCAUCUCCGCAGGUUGCUCCACUCGCAGCCGCUCCUGUGCUUGCCUAG